UGCCCGGAUGGCUUUGACAGUCAGGCACGUUGGAGAGGCACAACGGAGACUGGGGCGCACGAGAGACAGAGAGCUGGAAUUGCAGAGGCAGAGACGCACGGGCGCACGGUCGAUUUUCGCCUCCCGCAUACUGGGGAGUCCCGCGCCUGUCACCAAAACCGGAGCACCGGGCUCGAGUGCGGUUGUGUCAGCGCCUUAGCUGGGAAGAAAACUGUGAAGCAACGUCCCUGCUCCUUAUUUUUGCAAGCUUUUUCUUUUUCUGCUCUUUGCUUUCCCAUCUUUUGUGGGUGCAGAUAUUGAUGUGAGCCAGAGGAGCGGUUUUCUCCGUUGACGGUGGCGCGCGACGGCGGGAGGAGACAGCGCUUGAACAUUGAUGUGGGAGGACUGUCUCCCUCCGACGCGGGGAGUGCAGAUGACGGGGGAAUGCUGCUCGCCGACGGCCGCAGCCGCCGAGGCAACCGCUCCGUGACCCGGGCGAGAAGAGGAGCGAGCCCCCGCCACCGACAGCCGCGUGAGCCGCCAGCCCCGCCAGCCCCACCAGCCAGCUUUAACUCCGCAGCAGCAGGCAACGCGAGCCCCCAGACUCCGUCUCUCUCCACCGCAACCAUGGGCAAAAGACAGGAGCAGAGGGGAGAGGGAGAAGUAUGUGAGCUCUCCACUGCAGUAUUGAUGACCCAAUGAUCCCCUGCAGAACAGAGCCAGUCAGGCAGACAGAGUGAGGCUCAACUCAGAAUCAAAAUCAGAAUCAGCGCCACGACCAUUCGGUAAAAGCAACCAAUUGAGCAGGAUAUGAAUGGUGUUUGAAGUCUCUUGCCAGCUGUUAGAGGAGGACAGCAACAAAGAAGAGAUACUCAUUUGCAUACAGCUGAAAACAUCCCUCUUUUUCCUGCCUCAGUACCAGCAAAACUGUGCACUGAAUGAGUGGCUUGUCAGAUCACCUACAUACAGGCCAAACUGGGGCUCCAGUGGGCUGUGGUGAAACUCAGGCAGAGGAGAAGGGGUGCAUCACCGACCUGGAGGGGCUGGAGGGGCCCGAGUUCUGGACCAGGGAGCUCGGGCUCCAGGGGGGGUUCCAGGACCCCUCUCAAGAUGGACUGGCACUGGUGACCUCUGACCACAUCCCCCCCUCCUCUCCCUCCGCCCUGGCCAACGGCCUCCAUCUACAGAGAAGGCUGGGGCACAGCACCUGCCGGCGGAGGCAGACAGAGACUCACACCACUGAGACACACACAUUUGCAGAGACACUUAGAAACAUGCAAACACACAUAGACCCAGAUGUGCAUGCACAGGCCUUUUCACACUCACAUAUGGAUAUCAACACACAUACAGGUUCUGUAGGGCCUGAACUCUCUAAAACUCUCACAUCAGAAGCCAUGCACACAGCUUCACCUCAGCCCUUGUCUUUGGCACUUGGCAAUCAUUCUGCCUCCACCAAUCAGCUAGCAGCCCCAGUCCGGACUACAGAGACAGACACUCCCUCUCACUUUUGUCCAGCCCCUGCUGUCCCAAACCCAAAUGCAGACUCCUCUCCUCUUCCUGUAGAGACAGAAAAGAAGUAUGCACUGCGCAGCUCUGGACGUCCCCGCUUUCCUUGUCACCUGCGCAAAUCCUCUCGCCUCCGCCGAAGCAUAGAGGAUGGAGAGAAAAGAGCAGGGAGGGAAAAGGGAGAGGAGGAUGACGAAGUAUUAGAGGAGAAAAUCUUCAGUGUUAAAGAGGAGGAGGUGGCUGUUGGAGAAAAAGAAGAGCAUUCCACUGUUGAGGCUGUUCUCCCCACACCCACCUUCCAUACAGACAUUCCUCUUGCUCUAACUGUACCUAAACCUGUUCCUAAAGCUAUUCCCAAACCUGGGCCUAGACUUGGGCAUAGACCAGGACCAAAAUCCAGGUCUAGGCCCGCACCCAAAUCUGUCCAUAAAGCAGGUCCUAAAAGUGUAAUGAAACAGCGCCAGGCAGCCCAGGCCCUCCAACAACGUGCUACCAGUCAUCUGCCUUUUGUGAAUACGUCCACCUUCCCUGCACCUCUGCUAACUAUGAAGGAAGAACCUGUUGCAGAGUUGGGGUUAUGUCCUCCCAGUAACCGCAGACGUGGUCGCUUUGUUGGCGUGAGGAGGAUUGUGGUCAAAGUGGCUCGCAUUCCUGUCAGCCUUAGUCGACGACAGAAAAGCUACAAAAUUUCUAAUUUGGAGACAGUCACGGGGACAGAGAAAGUUAAUGAUGGCAGUGUGGAGGGCUCAGAGGCAGUUCGAGAGCCAACCGCACUUCUCCGCAUGAAAAACAAUGGGAAAAGUGUGAUGGUGAUGUUCCCUCCGGGAGAGCUCCCUGUUAUUCUCAAACGCAGACGUGGGCGACCUCCUAAACAGGCUCUGCCAGGAAUACAGGGGGAGCCUCAGAAUAUUGUGAACCCUGGUGGUAAUGGAGACCAGCCCAAAAAGCCCCGGAGGCGCCGUCGGACUAAACUCCCUUUUCCUUAUCCGUCCUAUGUUAAUGACACAAAUGAUGUGAAAACAGAAUAUGGGGAUGUUCUCUCCAAGCUGGCCUUUUUAAACCGACAGCCUCCUGCCACUGGCCGCUGUUCUCCCCCUCGCUGCUGGACACCUAGUGAGCCAGAAAGCUUUCACGCGCCCUUGGAAAACCCUGGCAUAUCCACCCUGCUCCACCGGCUCACAGGGUUUAGACGCCCCCGGGGUGGCAGAGGAGGGGGAGUUGGAAGAGGUGGAGGAGCAGCAGGGGGGAUUGGGGGCACUGAGUGCAAUAAGAGCACCUUCAGUGACUUCUUUGAAUCCAUUGGAAAAAAGCGGAAACUGAGCCCCCUGUCUGAGCACGGAUUACCUCGGAAAAGGGGAAGGGUGUGGGUGGAGUUGGUAGGGGAGGGGGUAUGGUAGGAACAGAGCCUGGGGGUGAGAAAGUCAGGAAGAAACGUAUAAGAAAAAAUGGUGCUUUUAAAGGGGGCGGGAUGUCCAUGGGGCAGGACUGGACUAAUGGGGCAGGUGGCU